CAGGAUGUUGUGCGUGCUUUCUCCAGCCGGAAGUUUUGAUUACAAAGUUGUCUCAGGAGCAGACAUUCAUUUCCUCAUUUCAAACAUGUCGAAAACAAAAGAGUUUAUUUCUUUAAAAUUAUAAAAUACAGAAAUUUACCAAUGCUAAGUGGAUCUCAGUUCGAAAUCCAAGAUGUCUGCCGUCAUGACCGAUAUUUGAGUAAUAAAAGUUAAAGGUUGGCGAAUAUGGAGAAUGGAGAUGAUACAAUAACAGUUACCAUGACUGAAGAGGGCUAUCUAUCUAUGACAACAUCACAAACAGAUGAUCAGGAGAUAUCAGAUGAGCCAGCUGUUAAAAGAAUCCGAUUGGACACUGAAGGUGAAACAACACAGGAACUAACCACACAGGAGAUUGCACAAGAUGUUCAAGUGCAAGAAGUUCACAUUGCACAAGACUUUGCAAGCGAAAUCCCAGAGUCAAGUGAACAAGUUGUUUCUUCUGAAGGCAUUGUAUAUGAGGAAGAGAGCAAUUCUCAACAGGCAGCACCAUCAUAUCAAAAUUUAAUCAUACAGCACAUGGACAUAGCAGAGCCUCUGUCUACCCUCAAACAGCUGUUAGAGUUAAGAUUACAGUGCACUCUGAGUGACCACCAGUUCUAUCUCCAGGACACAAUAGAGUUGGACACAAGCAAGAGUUUGGUAGACCAGUGUGUACAAGGAGAGGGUAUGGUACAGAUCAACCUGGAAGUCAAAUCUCAGCCAGGUGUUAAACCAAAGAUAAAUAUUGUUGACAUUCUAAAGCCUGCAGAUGAAGUGGAAGCCCAACAGAUUGAACAAGAGGUAGCUCCUGCACCCCCACCUGCACAGACAACACAAGUCAAAUCAUCUCAACAAAAAGUGGUUAUCCCCCUUCCUGAGGAGUCAGAAAAUGUCACCAGGUGGAUUGUUGAUCAGCAUUUUAGAAGAGAACAAGAUCGACUCAAAAUACCAUUUGACCCUGUUCAGUGGAGUGAAAUACAUGUAAAACACUGGAUAGACUGGGCCAUAAAGGAGUUCAAGUUAGUGGGUGUAAAUCCAGACAGUUUCCGAAUCACAGGCAAACAGCUGUGUGAACUGACACAUCCAGAGUUUGUCAAACUCAUACCUAGUGAUAAAGGAGACAUUUUCUGGACACAUCUGGAACUCUUGAGGAAAUGCAAAUUUGUUGCUGUUAUGCAGACUCCUACGCCUCAUGCUAUCACUACUAUCACAGUUUCAACAUCAGGACAAGAUGGUAGGGUGAAACAGUAUCGUCAGAAUCGUCCUCGAUCUCCAAGAAUAACGGGGGAUGAAAGGUUGUCUCCUGGUAAUCGUACAGGGAACAAUGGUCAGAUUCAGCUGUGGCAGUUUUUACUAGACCUGUUAACUGACAAAGAUUGUAGAGAGGUGAUACAGUGGAUCGGGGAUGAAGGGGAAUUCAAACUGAACAAUCCUGAAAUGGUGGCUCAGAUGUGGGGCCAGAGGAAAAACAAACCUACAAUGAACUACGAAAAACUCAGCCGGGCACUGAGGUACUACUACGAUGGAGAUAUGAUUGCUAAGGUGCAUGGAAAAAGAUUUGUGUACAAAUUUGUGUGUGACUUGAAAAUGUUAUUAGGAUACUCAGCGGGUGAGCUUAACAGACUAGUUACUCUGUGUGCGGAGAGAAAACUUCAGAGAGUGCGCGAGUCUCUGCGUCCGGGGGUCACAAAGAGGUUAGAUCAUCACAAGCCGACCAUACUCACAACGACACAAGUAGUACAAACAAUGGAAUAGACUUGGCCAUUCAAAUCCUCUGUGAUUCCCUUGUUUAUCUAUGUCAGGGUUGACAAACAAUAUAUAUGCAACCUAAUCAAAUCAUUUGUUGAAUUUCAAAAGUUUAAGUAUUUUUUUUUUCAGUUGUGUACAAGUACCAAAUUCAUUUUUUUUUAAACAUAAAGAAGUGCCUACUUUAUUACCUUCUGCUUUAUUCAUAAGGUUUCUCAUUGGUUUACUGAAUUAUGUAUGAUCACAUUCAUUGCAUGUUUUUUUGUUUUUUUACCAAUUUACAGAUAUUUUCAAUUCAGUUAUCUUUUGAUAUGAUGGUGUGAUACAUGUGGAGAAAGUGUAAAUUACAAGAUAUCAUUGAAAGAUAUAACUAUUCAAACAAUAUAAGAAGAAUGUUACAUUAUGUUGUAAAAUGUCACCAUUCUAUUUUUUUUUUUCUACUCAGAGAAAAAAAAACUGUUUUAUCCUGAUGCUUUGCAUUGAAUAGUUUCAAACUUAUUUGCUCAACAUGACUAAGUUAUGUUUGUCUUUUAACUUGUUAAAUAGUGCAUUUUAUUGUACAUAUUCAUUUUACGACAACAUCUGUCUUUUCUUUCGUUAUAUAUAUAUACAUCAUACAGUCAUUGUGUUUGUGUUGUACAAUGUUUAUGAUUUAUACACUGCAGUGUGUGAAUCUAUGAGAGUUUGGGGAUACAAAAAAUGCUUUAUAAAGUGUUACUAUAUGUAAACUUUUUUGUCUGUGAUGUAUCAUCACAUUCAGUAUUCAUACUCCUGGUUGACCUUAAUUUUGAUUUUAUUCAUUGCCCACUGAGUUUUUUAUCUCUGAUUUCUUCUCUGAAUAUUUCCCAUCAUUCCAAUUUUUGACUGUGAUUUUGUCAUUGUCUAUUAAUUCUAUAGAUUAUGCUUUUUGUGAACAUUUUGAUUUUAACAUCUAUAAUGCACACAUAGUAAACUAAAAUGAAUAGCAAGGAAAAUGAUGGUGCUGCACUGCAUUUUAUUUUUUGACCACCUUUUAAUUUAAAUUAUAAUGUACAUGUAUUAUGAUUUAAAUUUAAAAUAAGUACGGAUGAAUUAUUUAAAUAACUGAAGAAGUUUUUUUUUAAUUUAGUUUAAUCUGUAAAUCUACCUCAACUUCAAAUUUCUAGGGAGAAAGAGUUAUUACAGAAUAUUGAAAAAACACAACUUUUCAUUGUUAAGUCCAUUGUGUGGUUAAUAAUGACAAUAUGAUUUUUUUUCAUCUUUUUAUAUACCUUUACAUGUAAAGAUGUAAAUCUGUUUAUCUGGAAGUAAAAAAUUGCCAGGAGUUAUGUUCCUUUAUUUGUUUUUGGUAUAAUUUUUAUUAAUGUGCCAUGGCACUCGAUAUGAUUUAAGGAACGGAAUAUGUUUAUUUCAGGCUCUAUACUGGACAUUUAUGUUUUAUGGUACAGUAUAUUUACACAAAGUUUCAUAUAAAGAAAACCUUUGAAAAUUUCUAGUCAACUUUCACUUAAGUACUGUAAACCAACUUCUAUUCGCAUGCUAUAACUAUCCACAAGUUAACUCGUGAAUAUUUAUCACUGUAAACCUUUUAUUUUGCUUUGCAUUUGAAGAGAACUUUUCCUACGUUGAAUAAAUUAAUUGUCAGGGAUGGGUUUCAAACUGCCAAAUUGCAAAUAAAAGAUGAUGAAAAUAAUAGUUGGUUUACAGUAUUUUUUUUUGGCCAUUUGAUUCUCAUGCGGAUUGCUAUGAUAGUUUCAACAUAAUAUAACUUUAAAAUUGUGAAA